CGGGAGGGAAGCCCUCCCUCCUUCUCUUUAAGAUAACGCUUUUUUUUUUUUUUUAGGGUUUCGACUUUCCUCCCGAGGACGGGGGAGUGGUUUAGCUGUGCCGGUGCGACGGGUUCCAGUUCUUGUCAGCAGCUCCCGGGUCCGCUGACACCGCCGGGCUGUCCGGCUCACACACACCGGACAAGAAUGACACGGCCGCGCUCGCGUCUCCGCGGAACUGCCCGCCUGGCCGCGGCGACGCGCUGACAGAGAACUGGACGAGGAAUCGGCAGUCAUCUGGGAGCAAAGAAGCCCGAGGCAAAGAAUCCCCUGAGCUGGAUGCCUUGUGGGUAGAUCCGCCCUACACGCUGGCCACAGUCAAUGAAGACACGCAAGGAAAUGGCAUCAUGACUACAGGCGAUGAGGAGGAGGUGCCGGACGCUGGGGACCCCUGGAAACAGAAGGAAUCGUUCCUGGGGGGCAGCACUAUUUCUCUGGCUGUGGGGGAGAGAUUCUCCUCAGAGGUGCUGCUGGUCUUCAGCGUGCGACGGCGAUCCAGCGCGCUGCCCGACAACGCCCUGCAGGAGGCAGUGCGCACGCGGCUCAGGGUGGUGGAGAGCAACAGCCAGGAUGUCACCCAGCUCUUCAAGGACCUGUCUGCCCGGCUCGUGUCUGUGCACGCGGAGACGGAUAGCUUUGUCAUCACCUUUAAGACAGUGGAAGAAAUCUGGAAGUUCUCCACCUACCUGUCUCUAGGCUAUGUGGCGCGGUGCUUGGAGAACUUCCUCUGUGACCAGACCUUCUGGCUGGACUUGGCGCUGCUCCGCGAGGUUGAAAUCUGCCUGAGCGUGGACGAAGACCACCUGGCCACCAUGUACCUGGGGCUGCUCCUGGAGGAAGGGUCGUUCUUUGCCAAGGCUCUGUUCAACAGCAAACACGGCGAGGAGGACGAGCACCUGCCCUACAGGAGGAACGACUUGGUGAUGGUGAGGGACGUGGGGCAGGACUCGGAGUGGGAGGGCACCCUGCUGUCCACAGGCCAGCACGGCUUGGUGCCUGUCCACGCCAUGCAGCCUCUUCCUUAUCCUUUCUAUCAGUGGUUCCUCCGGAAGCACCCAGGAAGUGCUGGAGGUCCUCCAGCCACUAAACACGUGUUUGACCUUCCUUUAGGAACAGGCACGUGUGUCGCUGUGGUGGACCACAGCCCCUCCUGUAUGGACGAGCUGGCCUUCGGCAAGGGAGACCUGAUCGAGGUCGUGGGAUUCCUGCUGUCCAGCCUGGAGUGGUUUAUAGGAUGUCACUUCGUCAGCGGCUGCUCUGGGCUCGUCCGGAAGUCCCACGUGGAGCCAGAGGGCCUCAGACCACUGGACAGACAAUUGGUCUUUCUGAGUGAAGAGGAGAGAGCCUGGCUUUGUCGGUUUAACCCCUGCAGCGAGCAGUGCUACGCUCCUCUCCUGAGCACGUUCUUCCCCAGCGACAUCAGCACGAUCUACAGGCUAGAUAGACUGGACAAUUCAGACAUUCCAUAUAUUAUAAACCAGCCCAAACAAGAGAACAGAGGGGCGAACAGUAUCCGGACGAGCUCUGUUUCAGAGAAGAGUGAAUCUCCCCUUUGUCAUUCUUCACCCAGACAGUCCUUCUGCACUGCGAGAAGCAGCCCGGAAAAGGGGGACGAACCGCUGUCCUUCGGCCUCGACGACACCUUCAAGGAGAUGGCCGAGCUGGAGGACGACCCCAGGUUUUUCGGCGACGAAAACAGCUGGGAUGAGGAAGAAGAGGAGGCCGUGGACCCCGUCACCGUCCUGCUGAACGAGGACCGCUUUGAAGAGCGCUUCCGCGAGCUGUACGACCUCUCCUUGGUCCCCCUGAGCACCAUGUUCGGGGCCGGCUCGGCGGACGAGCUCCUGCAGCACCUGGAGGCCAUGCGGGAUGAAGCCAAGAGGCAUAGGAUGCCCUGGGCACACAGGAGAGUGUGCUUCCUCCUGGGCAGGAUGUGUGCCAAAAAGCAGAAGUACUCCCAAGCGAGGGUUUACUUUGAGGAGUCUCUGGGGGUCCUCGUCUGUGGGUUUGCCGACCCCCUGCUGCUAAUAGCCCUGUACACGAACCUCACGGCCAUCUACCUGAAGCAGAGGCUGUCGGCCAAGCUGCACCUCACCCUGGAGAAGGCCGCCGCCCUGCUCCUCUGCCUGCCCCAGCACGCCUUCUGCUCCGCGGACGAGAUCGAAGUCCUCAAGCUCGUCUUUCGCAAGGCCAUCAUGGCCAACGACAAGCACCUGGAGGCCCGGACCUGCUACCUCAUUGUCAGCCUCUUCCUGAGGCUCGGGAAGACCGAGGAGGCCCUGCCCUUCGUCGAGCGGCUGCAGUUCCUCACCAUCGCCCUCUCAGCCGAGGCCGCUGAUCCGGGUCGGCCCGGGUCGGGCCCGGCUCCGGGUCCCAUGGCGCCCGUGGAUCUCAACUGGAUGCUGAGCCGACUCUACCACAAGAAGUACCUACCCUAUCUGUCCCUGGCGGCCCUGAGCCUGGAUUCGGAUCAAGGCCGGUCGCUGCAGGACGCGUUCCACAAGAUCGAUCUCUUCGUCAAGAGCUCGGCGAGGCAGGGCGGCCAGCGGCAAGGAGGCGGCGCGGUCCUUCCCGCGCAGAUCGUCAUUUACCUCCGGCAGGCCCUGGCCAUCGCCAGCCGGGGGCGGGACGUGAGGACUCAGAGGGACUUGUGCCUGAGCCUGGCGCGGGUGUAUCAGCAGCACGGGGCCCUGGCCGGGGCGGCGGACUGCGCCAGGAGGGCCGUGGAGGCCGGCCGGCAGAUGAACGAGGAGGAGGCCUUUGAGGCCACCGUGCUGCUGGGCUGGCUGCUGGCUCUCACCGAGGAGCCGGGGCGCGCCGCGGGCACGCUGCGGCCCGUCCUGCGAUCGCUGCACGAGACCGACAGCCCCACCCAGCGGGGGGUGGUGCACACCCUCCUGGCCCUGUGCUGCAGGAAGCAGCGGCGGGUCCAGGACGCCGCCUGGCACUUCCACUCCGCUCUGAAGAUCUCGCGGGAGAGUGGCAGCCGGCGCAACGAGGCGCUGGCGCUGGCCAACCUCGGGUGCCUGGCUCUGUCGGCGGGGGCCCCCCUGCUGGCCGAACGGUUCCUCUGCGGGGCCCUCCGGCUCUUCUCCCAGCUCCUGGAGAGCCCGGCGGAUGCCGAGCACGUGCAGGCCUACCUCUGGCUGGGCCGAAGCUACGCCGACCGGCAGCGGACUCAGGACGUCAGGCUGUGCUACGAGACCGCGCUGCUCGUCGCCAUCAGGGCCAAGAACCUGCACAGCCAAUUAGUCGUGGCUAAACUACUGUGCCAUUUGUAUGCAAAAAUGCUGUUCUAUGGGCAGUGUAUAAUCUACUAUGAGUACUGUGUGUCUCUGUCCCGGGAGCUGAAGGAUAAGAGGCUGGAAGGAGAGUUUCUGGAGACCCUCAGUGAGCUCUACUUGUCCCUGAACACGGAGAAGUCUUCAAGGAAGUCCUUGGACUACACCAAGCAGAGCCUGAGAAUAUCCAUUGACCUGGGGAAGAAGGAGGAGGAGUCAGAGACCUGGCUUCAAGUCGGGAGAAUCUACUACCUUAUCCAGGAGGACGAGCUGGCAGAGAUGUACCUCCAGGCUGCCGUAAAAACAGCUCUGAGAGUGAAUGAUUCCUGUUUCGCAAUGAAUAUAUACGAGGAGGCCGGAGACGUGUUUUUCAAAGGCCAAAGAAAUCGAAGUGCAGCACUGCCAUUUUACAGGGAUGGGGCUCUUCCUCUUGCAAGAAGUUUUGGAGAUAUCUCCUCAGAGGCGCGCCUGCUUAAUAAACUCACUGAGCUGCUAAUGAAUUUGAAGCAGUACGAGGAAGCAUUGCAGUACGCCACCCUAGCCGUGCAAGUCAGCACAAUGACAGGAGACCGCCUGAAAGAGAGAGCAGCCUUCCACCGCCUGGCGACGGUGUACUACUCUCUGCAGCAGUAUGAGAUGGCCGAGAACUAUUACCUAAAGGCUGUGUCUCUGAGCCCUCAUGUCUUGCACUCGCCCCUGGAGGCCAGAUACUUUGUCAAAGCCUACUGCCGACUGGGAGACCUGACUCUGCACAGGCUAAAAGACGCUUUCGACGCCAUGGGCUACUUCCACCUGGCCCUGGCCGCGGCCCUGGAGGAUGGGGGGGACCCCGAGGGCCUGUACGUCGUGUACAUGAAGCUGGCGGAGAUACACUCCAGCCACAUGGCUGACGAGGAGCUCUGCCAGCACUACAGGAGCUGUGCUCAGGCGCUCAGGAAGGAACUGGCUGGAGACACGGACCCUGUUCCAUAGCCAGAGAGACCAGGAAAAGGAAUUCCGGCGGUUUCAAAAGGACACAGACACACACUGCUCCUUCUCCUCUAACACUCGGGAGCUACGCUGUAGGCCUCUCCAGCUUUGACCUGGGGGAAGACAAACAGCGUUUGAAGCCGGGUGCAGUUUUGUGCUGUAAAUAUGCAAUGCUGAUUUAGACUUUAAUUAAUGCGGACAGCAUGACCGGUGUUAUGUAUUUUCAACAGAACCCUAGAUUUUCCCUUGACUCUCUUACCAGAUUAGAGCUGUCGAAAUGUUCAAGAAAACCCUUCAGUUUCAUUCAACCUUUUCGUUAGAGUUGCAGCCAAAUGUGCUGUAAGUGAUGCUUUUACUCUCGUCUGCUUCUUUCACUGUGACAGGAGGCUCUGAAGCAGGAGAAGUGACAUUAAAGGCAGCAGCUGGCCCAGAGGAAUCGUGUUAAAAACUGCUGUACAUUUCUAAUCUGUUUCUGUGUAAAUAUGCACAUCUUAAAAAACGAUAUGUACUAAGGCAAAUAUUUAACUAUAGGUAAUGAAACGAUCUGUACAGAAUUUGUAAAAUAAGGUUAAUAUAGAAUGGAAAACACUGGAAAACUAUUGUUAGUUUUGCACUAAAUGUUUUUGCUUGUAUAAAUACUAUUUAAUGGGGGAGUUUGAGGAUUGCCUUGUAAGAGAAGACCUCUGUUGUUUUCCAUUUUGAAUGUUACCUUUUACCUGUGAAAAGAUUCAAAGUCCAGGAAUUUCUUAAAUUAGUUUCUUUAAUGCAUUUUCUAUUGACAAUAAACGAUUCUUGUCUUUUA